AUGAGCUGGUGUAUGAACAUUCUAAGGUGUUUCUGGCACUGUCUUUGUUGUAUUCUAGCACCACUGAAAGCGGCAUGGAGGUAUCUGGACAACAAGUUUACCAUUUUCUCGGUUUGGGUGGAUAAGAUAGUGCAAGACCGAAACUUGCUGAGCGUUCCGGAAACCGUCUGGCUUUUCUUCUCCUACAGCGUCUAUCUCAACUUUAUAUGUGCACUCCUUGCAUUUAUUGGCGGUGUUCUAUGUUUCACGCUAGGGUUGUACUACUCAACGUUCUACACUAGAAUUAAUUGUGAGAAUGGACUCAACAUUUGGAUCCCACUGAACAAUUUGAUCGCCACAUGGACUGGAUUCUUUGCCGUCAAGGCACUCCAUAUCCGAUGGUCCGCAUUUGUUCACCUGGUCUUCACUGCCACGAUGACGCCACUGAUGCUUAUCGCUGCAAUCUUCGCAACCACACAAGUGCCUGUUUGGUACGAAGAACAACGAAUGUCUCGCGGCGGCAAGAAUUGGGGAUAUUGGAAUGCGAAUGGCGACAUCGCGUUGGCAAUUUGUUCUUACACAAUUGUGUGUCUGUCGGUUUUCGAAUUGUUCGUCUACUACAAGUACUGGCUACCGGGAGGACAGAUUUUGCGAACGCGGAAUGUCUGA